CGCACUCAUCUAGCAGAAAAACCCUCCUCUCUCAGGAGUUCUCUAAAACCUAAAUGAAGAAGCAGAUGCGAAGAAACAGACAGACUAUAUGGAAUUUCCAAGCUGAACGGAACGUAUUUAUUUGUAUUUAUAGCAUUGUGGAUGCAUUUGUCUUUCUGGAGGGACUGGAUACACAAACAUUGUGGGAUAUUUGAAGAAAUUCUGUGUAAAUGAAAACGUUUGGGAUAUUUUUCUGCUUUUUCUUCAUCACUGUUUAAUUGUUGCACGGUGUCAUUUGGAUAAAAAAAGAACUUUUCAGGAGAACAAUGAAUGAAAGUCAUGUUAAAAUCUAGUACAGAAUCGUCUUUGAUAGAAGAUAGCAUAUAAGUCUUGAUGAUUAUCGUGGUUGUGGGUUUGUAAAGGUCUGGCUGCAGCUGUGAAGCUGAAGAUGGCCCGCUGUGUCGCGCGCGUGCUGACUCUGCUGACGCUGGCGGCGCUGGCGAGAAGCGCGCGAGGCUGCCCGCGGCCGUGCGCGUGCCCGCAGCCCGGAGAGGUUCAUUGCACGUUUCGCUCCCUGCUCACGGUGCCCGCUGGCGUGUCCCGACACGUGGAGCGCAUGAACCUGGGGUUCAACACAAUAAACCGAAUAACAGACAGCUCUUUUGCUGGUAUGCGAAAGCUAGAACUCCUCCUUAUGCAUGGGAAUAAUAUUCAUAAUAUUCCCAGUGGAGCAUUUCAUGACCUAAUAUCCCUUCAGAUGAUGAAGAUGAGCUACAACAAGCUGAAGAUCAUUAGCAGACACACUUUUUAUGGUCUCUGGAAUCUCGCCAGGCUGCACCUGGACCAUAACCAUCUGGAGUUUAUACACCCGGAUGCAUUCCAAGGCCUCACUUCUCUCCGUCUGCUUCAGUUGGAAGGCAACCGUCUGCAGCAGCUCCAUCCAGCCACUUUUGCAACGUUCUCGGUGCUUAACUACUUCCCCAUGUCCACUCUAAAGAAUCUGUACCUGUCUGAGAAUGGGCUUACAACACUGUCACCAACGAUGUUAGCUAUGAUGCCUCAGCUAGAGAACUUGUUCUUGCAUGAGAAUCCCUGGAUUUGUGACUGUAGGAUGAAAUGGUUCAAAAAGUGGAGCUCAAAUGCACCAGAUGUGCUCAAGUGCAAGAAAGACAGAGCAUUUCCUGAAGGACAGCUAUGCCCUGUAUGUUUUUCUCCCCGACAACUAAAGAAAACAAAUCUUUGGGAGCUAGACAACCCAAAAUGCACUAGUCCUGUGAUUAGUGCCCCGCACAAAACCUAUGCUGUGGAUGCAGCAAGUGAACUUUUGAUAUUAGAGGACUUCAGUCAACCUCUUGGAAAUGUUUCACUCGGCUUGUCAGACGAACACGGAAACCAAGUCGAUUUGAAUUGUCAUGUGAACAACCCGACCAAGCUGACCAGAAUGAACUGGACCCAUGUUAACUCGUUUCAGAUUAACACAAACAUCACCUUGUCAUUAGACUUGGAAUGCCCAAUAGACAGGGGUACUUACGAAAAGCUAUGGAGACUUGUGGCGUAUUAUAGCGAUGUACCUGCUCACCUGAAGAGAGAGAUUAUGCUAAGCAAAGACCCCCAUAUUAGCUACAGGUAUCGCCAAGAUGCAGAAUUGGAUGCUGUUUAUUUUACUGGUGUGAAAGCUAAUAUGGUGGCACAACCUGCAUGGAUAAUGCAGUCAAUGUUGAAUUUACAGUUAAACAGACCUCAGUCCACAAAUUCAAGGGUUCGACUCAUUCUCAGCACCCAUCUUACAGAGCUGGUAGAGGCAGAGAAAGAUAGGCAACAGAGGAGAGAGUGGGUUUUGAUAGAGUCCCGAAACACCACUAAAACAUCUCAGGUUGUUGUGGUCGGCAACCCAAUCCAGAUGCACUGUAAUGUGCACAGCUCAGGAAACCCAUUAAUAAAGUGGAUGCUGCCCAGUGGGUCUAAAGUUGAGGCCCCAUAUCGAAGCAGUGAUAACAGGAUCACAGUGUCUCCAUCUGGUUUGUUGGCUAUAACAGCUGUGGAUCAUGCAGACUCAGGUGUCUAUUACUGUAUAGCAAUGGUGGAGGUUGAUGUAAGCAUUCUUCCCUUUCGUGUGACAGUGGAGGAGUCAUCUACUCCAGCUCCUGGAAGUGAGGGUGUGGCUGAACCUAUGGCAGGAGUUGCUAGUGAGCUUGUUUCUCUUCCCUGCGUAGCCCUGGGUUCUCCUGAUCCAGAUAUAAAUUGGAUUUUACCAGACAAAACUAUUAUAAACACAUGGUCAAAUUUAUCGAGGAUGUUUGUGGCCUCGAAUGGAACUUUAACCAUUCGCAAUAGCCAGCUUUCAGACAAUGGUUAUUAUAAAUGUGUGGCUGAAUCUCAACAUGGUGUGGAUACAUUAGCCACAAAAGUAACUCUGACAAGGACCUCUGGAGGACAUCCUAUAAGAAAGUAUUCCAGUAGACCUCAGCCGGCAGAAGGCAUCUCAACCAAAAUAAAAGCUCCAAUAAACAAUGAUUUGGAGGCAUCUGGGGACAAUGAAAAUGAAGAGCCUGAAGCAAAAGCUUUUCAACGAGUGAAUACGUCUUAUAAAAGGAGGAUUCAAAAUGCUCCUGUAAGGGGUGGACACCCAACCAGAAAAGUGUGGAGACGUCCUUCCCUGCCGAGAAGAGGAACUAUCUCUAUGGCAACUAACAGGAGUAACCUGACAGAAACAAGGAGAAGGAUCAGUGUGUCAAAUGGCCAGAUAGAUCCAGAGCAUUGGGCUAACAUUCUUGCAAAAGUCCGGAGUAGUGGUGAAAAUGCAAAAACUACUACCACUGUAAGCUCUGGUCUGAUUAGCACAAAUACAUUACAUCACUCUGACAUGGCUUUAACAAUGCAAUCAGGGUCAAUACCGAACGUAUCAAGACAAGAUAGUAUUACAGCUAAUGCAACCACAAAAACAACACAAGAAGCAGCAUACACAACAACAGAGACAUCAGUGCAAACCACUGAAGUCAGCCUAGAUAUCAAACCACUGGAUGUUGAAGAUCAGAUACACAUAACCUACCAAAUCGCUGCUCCAGAUGUCGACCGAGAUUCAGAUUUGAUUGAUGUUGCAUAUACCACAAUUGGUCCACAGCCUACUACUCGUUCAGUGGGGGAUGCAGAUAUUGCCAAGUGGAAUGAAGUGAGCACUGUUAAGAACACUACUCCAUAUGGAACCCUUUUACAACAUACACAAAAACACACAUUGGAUAACAAAGAAAGUGAAGCACUUCCCAGGGCUAGAGGUGAUGAAAAUGACAGUGGCAGUGAUUAUGAAGACAGCAAUUUAAAAAGGCCUGGGGUUGGAGUUUAUCAAGGAAAAUCUGACCACAGUCCAAUAUCAACCACAUCUAUUGUUUAUGUAGAACAAAACACAAACAAUUGUUUUGUGACUCAUUCAUUUACUGACAAAACUGUAUCACAAGAGAUACUUGACAGUUCAAAAAUCCCACUGCUUACCACUAUGGCACCAAGCGUUCAAUCCACUUUAGAACAUAACAGAAGAGCACAUACUACCUCACUUCAUCUUAAGCCUCCCUCUAGGGGCUCGUCCAAUUCAAGACGUAAAAAUAAUGGUAGGCGAAGAAAGCCUAAUAGAAAUAGAACAAAACCAAAGCUGUCCAAAUCUCCAUAUGUUAUAAAUAUCACUCCAACUACUUCAACCAUGGUUUCUGAGACCACCAAGGUGACUUCUACACCUGAAUUAAAAGUAGCAACAUCUAUAGUUUCAAUUAGCACUGUUGUAUUUACAGACAGCCAAGGAAUGCUUACUAAAACAGGCCAUGAAAAGAAGACAGAUCUUUUGAAGGGCAUCAUAAAUACCAAAUUUGCUAAUACUUCUGUCAAAAAGAAAGAAUCAGAAGUGGAGCCUACACUGGUAUAUGCCAAACCAGAUCAUAUUUUUCUAAACACUACAAUGUUGUCAGUGUCUUCAUCAACAUCCUUAGGCUUUACAGAACAAUCAACUAUACACAGAGAAACUGCUUCAACAAUACCUUCUUUAAUUCAGAACACCCCAUCCCAUGACCGCGAGACAAUUACAAGGCUCCAUCCCCUGAUGGGAAUUCAUUUCAAAGAGGCAAAAAGGGAAAGCACUACUACAGGACACCCCGGCUCAGGGAUCAAGUUUGACAUGUUCCCCGAGAGUCCAAAAUUCUCACUUAAACCUUUCUCCUCUUAUGCUGUGAAAAACCAGCAUGAAAUCACUGCAAGCCAUGAUUUAGAAAUCCCUAGCGUUUCGACAAUAGCAAACAUCUAUGAGGGGGCUCAUGAGGAUUCUCAGGUUACAUCGGAGAGGCCUGAAACAUCGCAAAAUGCUCAACAAUCUGCCAUGGUCUCUACAACAGAACUAAACAGUGCUUCAAAAGAAACAGGCUCAGGUAGAAAGGAAAUUGCAGAUACAAAUACUGCACCUCUGUUGGAAGAUAGGACAUACAGUACCCCUGUCACCACCCUGAAAACAACUACUACUACUCCAACACCACCACCACUACCAAAGACAUUAUCAGCAACAACUAUGCUUACAACAGCAACAAAGAAAUGGAGAACCCCGGUUAUCCACCCGCAUACACCUUUCCAGAAUGUACCUUCCAUUAUAGGCAGGUUAGGAAUACCUGACAGUCCAAAUGAUAUUCCUGAGAGUAACAGGGAAAGACUUUUAAACCCGGAACAGAAUAUCAGGUCACCUAACAGAAACAUACCAACCGUUUUUCAUUCAACACAUCUAUUAGAAAAUACUAAACCAGACAGCACUGACACAGACACCAAAAAGCCAAAACUAGAAACCACACUGAAGGUUCCUUCAGCUAUCCCACAAGUUCCUCCUCCAAGACAAAACCUUCCUGUGCAGCCAAAAAGUACUUCUUCUAUUAUCCACCAUCCUACAUCCACCUACAAUGUCCAUCAUUCUCAGCCAAAGCCAGUUAUCCCAGCUCGAAAAGGACGACCGAAGAUUUCCAGCACUAAUCUUACCACAUUGACAGUACAGGCUGAAUCUGAUGCCUAUCUGCCCUGUGCGGCUAUAGGAGAGCCUAAACCUUUCCUCUCCUGGACAAAGGUUUCAACAGGAGCCAGCAUUACUCAGAACACCAAAAUCCAGCGAUUUGAAGUACACCUUAAUGGCACCCUGACAAUUCGUAAUGUUCUUCCAUUAGACCAGGGCCAGUACCUUUGCAGUGUCCAGAACCAGUAUGGACAAGACAAAUUGGUGGUCACUCUGAUAGUCUUAGCUGAACACCCCAGGGUGUUUCAGCCACGCUAUCAAGAAAUAAUCAAAAACCUAGGAGAUACUGUUGACCUUGUGUGCCUUUCAAAAGGAAAUCCUCAUCCUCGCACUACAUGGGUGCUCCCUAACAGGACAAUAUUACAUACUGAUGCUUCUUUUCCUGGUACACAUGAGCAUCGAGUUUUCGUUUUAGCAAAUGGCACGCUCCGGAUUAAAUCUGCUACAUACACAGACCGUGGGAUUUAUAAGUGCAUUGCUAGCAAUGCAGCAGGCGCAGACUCUAUAUCAGUUCGUCUUACAGUUUCUGCUUUACCUCCAGUGAUCCAACAACUAAAAAAUGAGAAUAUGACUCUCCCAGAAGGCACCACUAUCUACCUGAACUGCAGUGCCAGAGGUGCUCCUCCCCCUGCAAUACGAUGGUCUCUGCCAAAUGGUGUACAGCUUCAUUCUUCAGAAUUUCUUAGCGAUCUUAACCUCUUCAUUUUUACCAAUGGGACCCUGUAUAUUCGUGGGUUUAGUCCGGCGAAUUCCGGGAAAUAUGAAUGCAUGGCUACUAAUGCAGUAGGGAUUUCUUCCAGAACUGUUAAUUUGACUGUGAAAAAGUCGAUUGCAUCAGCCAGAGCCAGGAUUACUGCCUCAUCUCCACAGAAAACAGAUGUCAUAUAUGGGGGAAAGCUCCAACUGGAUUGUGUUGCAUCAGGAGAUCCAGAGCCCAGGGUCAUCUGGAGGACUCCAUCCAAAAAGCUGGUGGAUGCUCAUUAUAGUUACGAUCCUCGAAUCAAGGUGUUUGCCAAUGGGUCACUGUCUGUCCACUCCAUGACAGAGAAAGACGAAGGCGACUAUCUUUGUGCUGCACAUAAUAAAAUGGGAGAUGACUACGUACCCCUUAAAGUCAGGGUCAUGACAAAGCCAGCCAAGAUUGAGCAGAAGACACAGAUCAACCAGAAGGUUAUGUAUGGAGGUGAUUUGAAAGUCGACUGUGUUGCGUCAGGUCUGCCAAACCCGAAGAUCCAGUGGGCUCUGCCUGAUGGCACUAUGGUAAACAGCAUUAGGAAAUCUGGCAGCAGCAAUGGUGGUCCAAGUAGUAGAUAUGUGGUUUUUGACAACGGCACUUUAUUCUUCAAUGAUGUGGGGGUGCAUGAGGAAGGUGAUUAUACAUGUUAUGCUGAGAACCAGAUUGGCAAGGAUGAGAUGAAAGUAUAUGUCAAGGUGGUGGCAGAUGUACCUGUGAUCAGAAACAAGACCUUUGAGGUAAUCAGGGUCAUGUAUGGAGAUUCAGCCUCACUGAAAUGUGCUGCCAAAGGAGAUCCCAACCCUUACAUAUUGUGGUUUUCUCCAACAAAUAAAGCAAUUCCUUCUGCUUCCGAUAAGUACUUAAUCCAUAAUGAUGGAACACUGGUCAUUCAUAAAGUGCAGCGCUUUGAUGGGGGGAACUACACAUGUUUAGCUAGGAACAGUGCAGGGCAAGAUCGUAAAGUGGCCAGGCUGGAGAUCCUGGUAUCACCUCCUGCUAUUAAUGGACUAAGAGGCUCUAUAAACUCUUUGAAAGUUUCUGCAAUGAAGAAUCAAAGGAAACUGAUCCACUGUGAGGCUUCUGGCACUCCAGUUCCUCAUGUGCUAUGGGUUUUCCCAAAGAAUAUCAUACUGCCAGCACCUUAUUAUGGUAGCCGAAUGACAGUCCAUAGGAAUGGCACUCUUGAUAUUCAUUCAUUAAAGGUAACAGACACAGCUAAACUAACCUGUAUUGCACGUAACGAAGGUGGAGAAGCUAGGCUUAUGGUACAACUCGAUGUGAUGGACUUUACAGAGAAACCAAGACUCAACAGUCCUAAAACGGAAUCUCUGUCUCUAACCGUUGGCAGGACAAUGAUGUUAAAUUGUUCGGUCGAAGGUUCCCCAGCACCACAGUUGACCUGGGUUCUUCCUAGUGGUUCUUCAAUAAUGAGCGGCUCCCAAUUUAGCAAGUUCUUUCACAGUUCUGAUGGGACUUUGGUCAUUUCUAACCCGGCUGUGUCAGAAGCAGGAACAUAUCGAUGCUUGGGGCGCAAUGCUGGUGGACUGGUUGAAAGGACUGUGGUGCUGACUCAAGGGCGGAAACCAGAGAUUAAUAACAGGUACAACUCACCUGUAAGUGUCAUAAAUGGUGAAAGCCUGCAGUUGCACUGUCUCUCUACUAGUGACUCAGUUCGUCUUACAUGGACUUUGCCAAGUGGAGUUGUUCUGAACCAAGCUCAACGGGCAGGUCGUUAUGCUGUUCUACCAAAUGGUACUCUUUCGAUCCAGCAGGCUUCUGUGUACGACCGGGGCUCUUACACUUGCCGUGCUGCAAACGAAUAUGGAAGCUCCUUGCUAACAAUCCCAGUGACUAUAAUUGCAUAUUCACCAAGAAUCUCCAGUGGGCCGCCUCCUACCACCUAUGCCAGAAAAGGAGUUGCAGUUCAACUGAAUUGUAUAGCUAGUGGUAUUCCCAAGGCAGAAGUGGCAUGGGAGACUCCAGAUAGAACGCGGUUAAUUGUCAGCACUCAGCCACGCCUGUUUGGAAACAAGUACAUACACCCUCAGGGCUUCCUUAUAAUCCAGAACCCCACGCCAAAAGACACAGGUUUUUACAGAUGCACAGCUAGAAAUGUAAUUGGGGUUGAUUCAAAGGGUACAUACCUUCAUGUGUACUGAGAAGCAAUAAAUAUAAAACGUGCCCAAUGAUCUGUCAGGUUCACCUAAUCCAUAGCUUUAGUCUAGCUAUUUUUUCAAUGUGUACAUGACUUACUAUCAAUCCAGGACAUGUUCUGCUGUGUUGGUGGAAUCCUUGUCAUCACUUUGUCAGUCGGUUAUUUCUAUCGCAUCAAUUAUUGCUAACAUUUAGGGAGUUGUGCUACUUAUCCCAUUCAUACCAAAUACCCAGUAGCUACUAAUCUGACAAUUCAGUGUAGGUUUUUUUGUAAAUACUGAAACCCCUUUUUCAUGGUUUUAGCCAGGGGCAAUUUAUGUCAAACUGUAUAUAUAAGGCCUAUAUAUUUUUUUAUUUAAUCUUUAAAAAAAAAAUAAUCUGAGGUUAUUACUGACGUCUCCAGUAUGAAAAUAAUAUGAAUCAUUCAGGGAUAUUGAACCAGACAGCUACAUUAACUAAUGUUUUGAAUUUUAAAUUGGAAAUUAAAAAAACUUUCAAUUUUUUUAUUUUUUUUAAACACAUUAGUCAUUCUUAUUUUCCUACACUCAAACCUAUAAAGGUAUACUUUUUUUCCAAUUUCUUUUAAAUAUUUGCUGUUGGACACCUUGAUGACUGACUGGGAGAAAUUCAAACCCUAACCAUGGAGAGCACUAUGUUUAGUAAAAAAAACAGUAAAACUCCUCAUUUGGGCUUAGUUAAAGUACAUGGGCUAGAUAUGUGUCCACAAAGAACUGAACAAAGGAUUUGGAUGAGAAAUUCUUUUUCUUAUAACAUUUUUAUAUAUAAAAAUAUGUUUUAUAGAGCUUCCUUUUAGAUUAUAAACAGAAAUCUUUUCAAAGGUGAAAAUUGUCUAAACUUGUAUGUUGCACCCAGUUGGCCAAUUGAAUAAAAUUGUAUAUGUAUACUGACAGCAUCUUUGUAAAACUGACCAAAGAAAGGCACAUGUUUUUUUUUUUUCUAUGAUGUUGCUUUAACUUAUUUGUCCUUCAAAGACUUGUACUGAGAUUUAAUUUUAUUUUGGAUAUCUGUAAUAAAGACCAUUUU